CCCAACCGGAAACAGGAAGUUUCGACCACGAUACAGGGAUGCGAAUGGAAAGCCACACACCACCGGCAGGAGUUGAUGAAUUAUCGUGAUUACCAUCGUCUCUAAAUUUAAUAGAGUAUGCUCUUUAGCGAGCCCUUCAUGCGGAGGAGGUGAGCCUGGUUGGUCACAGGGAUAUGGUAAUGUAUAGUGACUAGCGCUGGACACAGACAGCACUGGACACAACAACAACAAGGAACAGCAGAUUUGCCUGUGAUGAGUUGCGAAGGCACUGGUUUGGGGGCCCCGGGCCCACGUGCAGGGUAUUGGGAAAAAAUCCAGGAGCGCUCAGCCUCUUUGGAGACCUGUCCGUGGUGUGCUGCUAAAGGGCAGACUCGGGCUCUGCGUUCCUAUAGGAUCAGCAUCCAGGAGGUCAUCACCCUCUGCACUGACCCACAGUGCCUGUUUCCCCUGGUCUCGCGGCCUUUGGAAGAUGUCCUGGCCAGCCUCGUACCCCCUCUACCCCAAACACAGACGGGGAGGAAGAGGAAGAGUCCCAGUGGGUUGGAGAUUGGAGACUCUGUAUCUUCCCCAAAAAGCGCACGAUCGGAGGAGGCCGUGUCACAGAAUGAGAGUCGCCCAGUCGUCAGGAUCACCAGCUCCGAACUCAAUGGCGAAGACUGCUUUCAUAAGAUGAAGCACACAGUACAGAAGGAGAGAAUCGGCCAAUCUGAACCCACAGACAUGGAGCUGGUGGAUAAAACCCUCAACUAUCCACUUCCUGAGAGGGGAGGGGCCAAUGGAUACCACAGGGAUUCUGAUUGGCCGAUACCAGAGGAAAUGGACCAGAAUGUCCUAGAUGAGGGAGAAGAUGGUGUCUUUCUCCCAGAGGAGGUUACACCUACUUUAGACAAGGGGUUGCCUCUCCCAGAGAAGACUGUACCUACGUCACAACUGUCUUUUGUAGACGCUGAGCCUGCACCAAAGGAGGUUAUCUGUCCCUUAGACGAGGCUGUUUCUGCCCUAGAGAAGAUUUUACCUCCCGUAGACUUGGCUGUUUCUGCCCCAGAGAAGAAUGUGGAUGCUCCAGAGAAAGUUUUGGCUCCACGGGUAACUGUCCCUAAUUUACAGGACACAGUCUGUCUCCUAGAGGCCCUACCUGUCCCAGGGGAGGAGGCCCUACCUGUCCCAGGGGAGGCUGUCUCUCUGCUAGAGGAGGCUCUACCUGUCCCAGGGGAGGCUGUCUCUCUGCUAGAGGAGGCUCUACCUGUCCCAGGGGAGGCUGUCUCUCUGCUAGAGGAGGCUCUGAUUGUCCCAGGGGAGGAGGCCCUACCUGUCCCAGGGGAGGCUGUCUCUCUGCUAGAGGAGGCUCUACCUGUCCCAGGGGAGGCUGUCUCUCUGCUAGAGGAGGCUCUACCUGUCCCAGGGGAGGCUGUCUCUCUGCUAGAGGAGGCUCUGAUUGUCCCAGGGGAGGAGGCCCUACCUGUCCCAGGGGAGGCUGUCUCUCUGCUAGAGGAGGCUCUACCUGUCCCAGGGGAGGCUGUCUCUCUGCUAGAGGAGGCUCUACCUGUCCCAGGGGAGGCUGUCUCUCUGCUAGGGGAGGAGGCUCUACCUGUCCCAGGGGAGGCUGUCUCUCUGUUAGAGGAGGCUCUACCUGUCCCAGGGGAGGAGGCCCUACCUGUCCCAAGGGAGGCUGUCUCUCUGCUAGGGGAGGCUGUCUCUCUGCUAGAGGAGGCUCUACCUGUCCCAGGGGAGGCUGUCUCUCUGCUAGGGGAGGCUGUCUCUCUGCUAGAGGAGGCUCUACCUGUCCCAGGGGAGGAGGCCCUACCUGUCCCAAGGGAGGCUGUCUCUCUGCUAGAGGAGGCUCUACCUGUCCCAGGGGAGGCUGUCUCUCUGCUAGAGGAGGCUCUACCUGUCCCAUGGGAGGAGGCCCUACCUGCCCCAGGGGAGGCUGUCUCUCUGCUAGAGGAGGCUCUACCUGUCCCAGGGGAGGCUGUCUCUCUGCUAGGGGAGGCUGUCUCUCUGCUCGAGGAGGCUCCACCUGUCCCAGGGGAGGAAGAUGCAGAGGGAAAGGAGCCUGUUCCUACCAUGGAGACUGUCCUGGUCCUGCAGGAGGCUCUAACUGUCUUAGAAGAGGCUUCACCUGGAAUGAAGGAGGGGCUAAGUGUCUUACAGAAAGAGGAUGAGGAAGAAUUGGUUCUAAUCGCCUCGGAGAAGGAGGAAGAAGUCGCUGCACUGGUGGCCUUGGAGGCUGUGUCUAUACCUGCCAUGGUUGAGGUUGUCCCUGCUUUAGAGAAAGAUGAGGAGGAUCUGCUUGUCUUUGACGGGGAAGAGAAGAUACAGGAUGAAGAGCGCCCCCCGCAGGGGGUCUGUAGACCCUGCAGUGUGGACCUCAGUCAGAGCAAAGUGCAUGAUGGUCAGGAAGAUGACGGUCCUAUCAGAGCUAGAAGAAGAGCUCACAACGCCCGACAACUAAGCGACGAGGAACAGGAAGUAAGCGUCAAAGAGGAAGUGGAAGUCCUGACACCGGCGCCGAAAAAGAAAAGGGGCCGGCCAAGAAAGACUCCUAUUAUUAAAUACACGCAGGAAGUGUUGCCCGACUUUGACCCGGGACUGAUCUCGACGGGGGAGUUGGUCCCAGUUCCCGGACCUCACCUGUUCUGGAAGAAUGAGCACAGUCUGGGUUGGCUGGACACCUUGCUGGUAGCGCUGGUCCACUGUCGCACCCUGAGGGACAGACGACCCAUCAAGAGGCCCACUGUAGGUCAACCGGUCUGGGAUCUGUGUGAGAGGUACGACCGAGCCUGUAGUCUCAGCGCAGCCUACCAACACACUGGCGCAGAUGGUGUCGUCCGUGUGCCCUCCGCCGUGUCACAGAGGGUCCAGACCGAGAUGCAGGCCAUCAGGACGGCCAUCUUUAAACUGCUGGAGCCUCUGCUGAAAUGUAAACUGGGUCAGAAUGAGAGGCUGGUUUUUGUCCUGCCUCUCCUCCUCGGGGCUGACUCCUGGGCUGAACGGCUCUUCCAGCAUGAGUGUGACUGGCAGUUUCAGUGUAACUCGGCAAUUUGCAGGCAUGCCACCCAAACCAAAUGUAACAAGACCCUCACCACUUUCACCAAGGUGGUUUCUGAUUGGCACCCUCUCAAUGCUGCCAACCAAUCACGUUGCUGCAAGUGUAAUAAGAUGAAGCAAGCCAGGAUGUUGGUGCUGGAGAGGCUGUCUCCUGUGUUUGUGCUACACUUUGCGGAAGGUCUCCCUGACAACGACCUCAGCGCGUACUCCUUCACCUUCCAGCAGCAGAGGUACUCCAUCACCACCGUCCUGCAGUACGACCAGCCGCUCAACCACCUGGUCAGCUGGAUACGUAUCCCUGACGGAUCAUGGUUAGAGUUCGACGACCUGAAGCAUCCUGACUGUGUCUCGCACACCCAGCUGGCUGUCCCGCCUCGAGAGAUCCACGUUGUCUUCUGGGAGUUGGAGACAGACCGACCGGACAACCCACAGACACCCUGCUCUUCUCCUCCCGAAAACCUGACGAGCACUUCCUUGAUACAGAAAGAACCUCACCCGGCCCAGAUCUUUGUCGUUAAUGAAUCUCUAGACCUUUCUCAGACGGUCUCUGACGACUUGGACGCCACCAUAACGGCAGACGACAUAGAUAACAAUAUGGACACAACAUUAACGAAUAACGUAGAGUCUCCCAUCAUCAUCGGUUCCACAUCCAUGCUCGCUGAUGUACCGUUCCAGUCCUGGUCUCACGACCUCUCUCUCCCCCUCCCUCUCAAUGACACGGCCGUUGUCGAGGCGCUGACGGUGUCUGACAACACAGAUAAUGACGUCAUGGACACCGCGGUAACAGCCGGUGACCCGUCCAUCGGUUCUGCCACGCUGCUCGACACCUUCGAAGGCCUCUCCCACGACGACAUUGUCACCCUGACGCUCGUAGAGGUCAAAAUGGACUCUGAGAGCAGACCGUUGGACGACAUCACCCCGGCUCCCAAACAAAAUGGAAGAGACGUCUGCUUUCUCUCGGCUCCUGGAUCUGAGACCCCACCACUUGCCCAUGAAACGACCCCACUUGCCCAUGAAACGACCCCAUCUGCCCAUGAAGUACCCACUGAAUCUGAAACAGACGACGAAGACGUCGCUGAAAGGCCAACGUCCCCCGAUACGGCCAGUGAGUUUGUCCCUGACAGCAGUGACGGCCCGUCUCAGACCGACUCUGAAGGAGUCACUCCUAGUCCUCCCAGGAUCAGGAGGAGAAGCAAUAGACCUAAAAUGGCGUCCAACGCUCCAGUUGCUGCUGCAGCGAAGGUGGUCACAACAACACCAAUGGCACUUUCUGGAAACUGUGGUGACAUAAUCCUGCCUUCUGUUGUAUCUGUGAUGUCACCAUCAUAUGUGGAUCCCAGCACCGCAGCACCUAGUCUCCCUCCCCUGCCCCACCCCAAAACCCCCAAUACCCCCAACACUCCGGAGAGCACGCCUGGUCUCCCUCCCCUGCCCCCGCCCCACCCCAAUACCCCCAACUCUCUGCAGAGCACGCCUAGUCUCCCUCCCCCGCCCCCGCCCCACCCCAAUACCCCCAACUCUCUGCAGAGCACGCCUAGUCUCCCUCCGCCACCGCACCCCAACUCCCACUGGUCGUACCUGCUCAGCCGCCACCCCACCGCCACCCCCACUCCCCCCGGCACCCAGAGACAACCCAGUCAGUUGAACCACUCGACACCCAACCGGUUCCAGCAGCUUUCACAGAGCCGACAGACCCCCAAGAUGGCUCCCCCCAACCCAGACACCAGGUUGAAGAAGCCUCCUCCUCUCCCCAAAGCCAGACUCAGUAAAGAGGACAACGAGGCCCUGCCGGUGAAGGCUGCCGAGAUGUACGGAGGGUUCCAGGCCAGGAGCAGGAACGUAAAUACAAACAUAAACAAUGUCUCUUCCAAGACUUCACCUCCAACCCAGCUCCUCUCUCAAAAGACACCAAGUCAGCCUGUCGCCCUCGCCUCGCGAAAACCCCCUAUCGACAACACUGCAGCAGCGUAUCCUAUCAUGACCUCACUUCCUUCUUCUCCGGGAGUCACGGAGCUCCAUAAAAUCUCUUCCUCCAGGAAUCAAGGCCCCGGUGGCCAGGUCCCGAAGGUUCCGGCUGGCCUCAGUGAGACCGAAGCCCUCAGGUACAAGCUGCUGAAGAAGCUGAAAGCCAAGAAGAAGAAACUGGAGAAGCUGAAUCAGAAGUUGGGUUUCCAGGCGGCUGCAGUAGGACAGGAAGUGACCCACGGACCAGACUGUGCCGACCUUCGCUCCCCCUCUACUGUUAGCUCCAGUACCUCCGCCUACGACGGCCCCGCCUACGACGAGUUCUUCGCUGACCUUCUGUCGCCCGCGACGACUGCCAGCAAUCUAUCACCGGACAGCACGGGCUUCCUGGAUAUGCUCACCACCAAUGGGCAAGAAGGGGGAGGGAACUUGGCGUGUGGGGGGAAUGCGAUUGGUGGAGCCUCACAGAUGAUGACCACUGCGACCUUACAACCGGCCAAUCACGGUGUAGUAAUGCCACUGCCUGGUCUAGAUGAGCCAAUCAUGACCUCCGGUGAGAACUUCCUGGAGGAGUUCAUAUCGGGGUCGGCCAAUCAGCAGAUGGAGACGGAAGCACUCAGUGCUUUCGACCUGUUCUUCUAGGCUUCGUUAACCACAGGUCUAGGAUCUGCUUACCAAACCCCUGAGCCUAAACAUCAAAGCUUAGCUCAGAUGUCUCCCUGGUCAGUAUUACAGAUUCUGUUCAAUGAAAAGAUUCUCAUGUCUAAUUCGUUGACAAGAUCACUAUAUAGGAAGUGGAGUUGCCAGGAGAAACGGCAUGCUACUGCACCUUUCAGUCGCGUGUGUGUGUGUGUGUGUGUGUGUGUGUGUGUGUGUGUACGUGACAUCAGUGGGUUGUUCUGUUAUUGGUAGCAUGUGUCACACAAAGUGGAAUCUUAACAGCUAGCCGUUUAAAAUAAACACUCCCAUACCAUUCAUGCAUUUACUUGUUUCCAAAAUAAUGUUGAUACUCAAUUGAAGCUUUGUCCUAAAUGCCACCUUAUUCCCUAUAUACUAUAUUUAGACCAGGUCCUAUAAGGUCCUCAAGUCAAAAAAUAAAUAAAAAAUAAGACAGAUUGAGGCUUUUAAACGAAUGUGAAAUAUAGAGCUUCCUUCGGGGUAUUCUGUAAGGUUAAAAGGCGAGUGGUCUGAUCCUGCUUCGGAUUGUUCUGAAGAAAUCAUGAUACCGUUUUGCUUUAGUUUGCCUUUUUAAUUAUUUUAUUUACAUUUUCUCUGAAUUACUUAAAAUCCUGACAACUAAGAUAAAAAAAAAGCUGGGUUUGUGUUUUAGUGGUGGUUGGAACUCUGAUCUUGUCCAUCGGUUGUUUUUGAAUGUAAUUUUUGUAAUACGAAAAGUGACUGUUGUAAAAUGUUGUACAGGAUUGGAUACUGUAUAUAAUUCUAAUAAAAUCAAAUGUUUUCUUUAAACGAA